AUGUUUUACAUUGUCGAUAAACUUCCACGGUCCAAGUCAGAUGGGGGAGAGUGGGAUGCCAUUCUCCGGACUGGCGUGGAACCGAGCCCCGAAGAGCGAGCUCCUCAAGUUCAUCCGUACUACCGUCCAGCUCCGCGAAUGCAGGAUCCUAAGCACGAGAGAGAGCAGAGGGAAAAGGCCGAAGAAGCCAAGAUCAAUAUGAGGCCGAAAAGGAGGUAUAGCAGAAGAAAAUCCGUGACGAUUUGA